AUGGCUAUCUUAUCUACGCCUUUCACACGUCAACAACUUGUUAAUCUUGCUCUUUUUACAAGUAUUAUAACUAUUUUAUUAAAUAUUAUUGAAGGAAUACUUUCAAUGUUUUUUGGAAGAAAAUCUAAUUCUGUUAGUUUAAUUAUCUUUGGAAUUGGUUCUUUUGUUGAAGUUACUUCCUCAAUUUUGGUCUUAUGGAGAUUUUCAACUGAAUUACAUCAAGAUACAUCCGUGAUUUCUAUAACUAAUAAGGAUAAAUUUAUUGAUAAAGAACGUAAAGCUACUUUAGGAAUUGGUAGUCUUUUUAUUAUUUUGGCUUUAGGAACCUUUUUACAUUCUGUAAUCUCUUUAACUCAAAAAAGUCAUCCUGAUAAUACUAUGGCUGGUAUUAUUAUUUCUAGUAUAUCAACUGUAAUUAUGUUGGCUAUUUAUUUUUGUAAAAGAUAUUUGGCUGUGAAUUUGGAUUCUUCCACAAUGGCUUCUGAAGCUCAAUGUUCUUUCGCUUGUAUAAAAAUUACCUUGGUUCUUUUUUGUAGUAGUUUAAUUUAUAUAUUAUGGAAGAAAGGUUGGUGGGUGGAUUCUGUUGCUGCUUUAAUAUUUAGUACUUUUUUUUCAAAAGAAGGGGUUGAAAUGAUCUAUUGGGCUAAUAGUGAAAAUUUUGAUGGUGGUUGUAAUACUGAAGUUGUCGAGAAAGUACAUGAUGAUGGUGGUGACGAUGAAUCAAGUGGGACUGAAGGUGGACAGAUUCAUGUAAUUGGUAAGAUUGAAGUUGAACGAGUUGUUGAGAAAAUGCGUCAGGAAGAAACAAAGGGUGUUGAAACAAAGUGGUGGGGAAAUAAUGGUACGGAUGUUGAAUUGGAAAAUGGUACUAGAAAUGUAAAAAAUGAUUAUGAGAACAAUAUGGCGAAGUCCCUUACCGUCGCGGUAGAGCCGCGAUACCAACAGGGCACACUUCAUUGA